GGACAUGUUGUUCGGCCGAGGCGCCCUCCCAUCCUCCAUGCUUUCGCGACCACGAAAGUUUUGACCGAUGUCUGCUCUUCGCGCCCCCUUUACUCGUCGGAUUCCCGUUUAAAACCGGCCCUAUAAGCCUCAGAUUCCUAUACCAUUACACACAGUAUCAAAAGCCAUCUAGUAAUCGGCCGUGCUCUAACGAAACGUUGCUGUGGCGCCUGCUUGGCAUCUGCAUCUCAAUCUCGGUUAUCGAUCCCCGUCGAGGGCUGGUAGCAGAAUUAUGCCGCCCUAUCGGCAAGUCAAGACUUGCGGUCGGUGUCGCGAGCUCAAAGUACGAUGCGAUAAACAAAAGCCAUCUUGCCAACGAUGCAGUCAGGCUGGAGCGCCGUGCUCUUUUCAAAAUGUCCUUUCACCACCUUCGACGUCUUCCUCGCCGGAGAAUGUGCAGGAGUCUCAUAGCGAUGUGCCUACUCCGGUACUAGCCCCUGUUGCAGCCGAUCAGCAAUCGUCGCAUGGAAUCGCAGAUCAGGACUACCACGGAGCGCUCUCUACCGGCUCCUCUAAAUCGAAAAAGAGACAACGGGCUUGCUUGUCCUGUGUCAGGUGUCACCGACUCAAAGUCAAGUGCGACAAGAAGCAGCCUUGCACACGUUGUCGCCAGUCCGGAUUUGGACCUCAAUGUGCAUACACCCAUCGCAUAGAUAUAGCUCCAGUACAGCGAGAAGCUGGAUUUGACAGCCUCACCGUCGAUGAUAAGAAUCCCCACGAUGUGGCGACCUCUUGGCAUUGCCGAGCUAGAGGCGCCAGUCACUGGAAAGAGCUCCUGAAUAAGGUAAAACUGUUAUCUCGUCUGGUAUCUCCGUUGCUGUCAGAAGAACGACACCUCGAGAGUGUGGCAGAGGGGCCAACAACGAACUUAAUCCUACCAAUCAAUUAUCCAUUCAACAGUCCUGGAGCUUCCAAAUACGCAAGCACCUCUGCCAUUUGGAGCAUUAUUCAACAGCAUCAUAGACGAUGUUCCCGCUACAUUGAUAGAUACAUGUCCAUCUUUCACGAGAUCCAUCCAAUUGUCAACAAAGCCGAGGUCAAAGAACGUGUAGAGGAGUUUUGGAAGAACGGUGCUUCGGAUGACGUAAGCUGGCUGGCGCAGUUUUGUCUUAUCCUCGCCUUGGGCAUAUUUGCUGAGACUCGAGACUCUAACGCUGCACGCGAAUUGUGCCUCGCUGGUGAAGCCUGUCUAAGUCAGACAGCGUUCAUGGUGCGACCGUCCUUGUCAUGUCUUCAGACUAUGUGCUUGAUGGUAAUGGCAAAGCAAAUGGGAAACGGCACAUGCUGGACGAUCGACUCAUGCUGGACAUUGUUGGGAUUUGUAAUUCGUCAAGCUGCUUGUCUCGGUUUACAUCGGCAACCUGCACCCUUUACCAAUCUCAAGCCUCAUGCGCUAGACGAAUGGCGAAGUGGACAAACCGUUUGGGUCACGAUUCUAUAUUUCAGUAUUCAAGUAUCGAUUUCGUCGGGUAUGCCGUCAUUUAUGAGAGCCGAUGAGUUGCUAUACAGUAACGAGAUAUUCCCUUGGAUCACAGGGAUUCAAGGAGCCUCAGAGCAAGCUUGGCAAACUGUCGUCCGCACUACGGCACCCAUGAUCCUGGAAAUUGUUGCUAGGGUGAAUUCAGACAACGAUCAUCCAUCCUAUCGAGAAACAAUGGACUACAAUACGCAGAUUAGACAGUCUAUGGGCAUUAUCGACUCAUACGACUUGCCUGAAUCUCUGCGGAUUGCGUUUGACAUACAUUUCCGACGCGUUCUACUCAUCCUGCACAGGCGCUAUGCCCUGGAGCUGGAUGGACCAUACGCAUACUCGGUCUCAUACUGGGCCUCUCUUGAAUGCAGCUUAGCCAUCCUUGUCCACCAGCGUGAAAUGUCAGACGACAAGACAGCCAAAAGCGACAUGUACAUGGCGUCUCGCUUCUUCAUGCUUGACUUUUUCGGUGCUGCUUUGACGGCCUCUAUCCAUUUACUGCGAGAGGAUGCACUCUUGGCCGACGGCGUCGGCAUUCCCCCUAGGCAGACGAUUCUAAGCACUCUGCAGGACUGUGUCGAUAUUUGGGCUGUUGAGCGAACUCAAUCUGUUUGUUUCCGAUCUGGCUACAGGCUUUUGAAGGAGGUGCUAAAAUUGUUAUAUGACCGAGACAAGGGUCGUGAUUGGCGAGAGCGUGCUAUUAUGUAACAUAUUUAGUCUUCUAGAGUAAUAUCAAACUCGUGUAAUAUAUCCUGAGUAUGCUGCCCGACAGUUGGCACCUGAUCCAUACGAGCGUGUUUACUAUCUUUGGUUCCAGGAGGCAACAGGGCUGGAAUAGGCCCGGCUUCAGUGUCUACUUGAACCCAUCUAUCUCUUGCCUGGAGUUGGUCGUGAUUCCAUAAACCGUCCAUAUCAUUUACUUUUGCGUUGGCGAUUCUAGCCUUGUCUAGUUUUUCUAUAACUUGAGCAGCAGAGAAUUGUUUAAAUUUGUCGCAGAUAAUGGACGAAAGCUCCACGCGGUUCUUGCUGCGAAGCGAGGUAGUGCUGAAUCUGUCAUCAGUAGCGAGCGUCUCAUUCUCAAGUACAUCACGACAAAGAAUAAGCCACUCUCUCUCGUUUUGAAUACCAAGCAUGACGGAUUCGUUUCCACCGGCUUCAAAGGGGCCGUAUGGAUAUAUCGUGGCAUGGGCAGCUCCAGCUCUUGCUGGUCCGCUCUGACCACCAUACGCGUAGUACAUUGGAAACCCAACCCAUUCCGCUAUGCUUUCCAACAUUGAGAUAUCAAUGUGUUUUCCUUUGCCUGUUUUGGGUCUCUCAAAGAGUGCCGUCAGGAUAUUCGUGUAUGCAUACAUGCCAGCAGCGAUAUCGGCUAUGGAGACGCCAACCUUGGCAGGCUCCUCCUCGGUUCCAUUAACAGAAAGUAGCCCGACUUCACUUUGGACGAGCAAAUCGUACGCCUUUUUCUUCUGAUAUGGUCCACUGGAUCCAUAACCGGAUAUAUCGCACGAGAUGAUACUAGGAUUCAACUUGAUGAGGUCGUCGUGGCCGAGACCAAGCCGAGAUGUAGCACCAGGAGCCAAGUUUUGAAUCAUGACGUCUGCUGUCGAUAGUAUCUUCUUGAGAGCUUUGAGAUGUGAUGGAUUUUUAAGAUCCAGAGCGAGGCUUUCCUUUGAUCGAUUGACCCAAACAAAGUGUGAUGCCAUGCCAUUGACGCGAGUAUCGUAAGCGCGAGCAAAAUCUCCCACACCAGGUCGUUCGAUCUUAAUCACGCGAGCUCCCAUAUCCGCCAGCUGUCGCGAACAGAAUGGAGCAGCAAUCGCCUGUUCAAGACUGACGACUGUGAUCCCGCUUAAGGGAAGGCCGCCUCCUGUACCAGAGCCAUUUGAUAAUGGACGUUGUUGUGACAAGAACGCUGACCGUCCGAUGAUCGCCUGAACCGAAUUAGUCGAGAAGAGGCCUCGGCCAAACAAUAAGCGUGCCAUAUCGGGAGGUUGAAGAAAAU